GCGAGAACGUUUGUUAGUUUUGGUUUUCAUGAGCGUGUAUAAAGACGUCGUGAAACCCGCCACCGGUUGUAGGACGAAAUUAAAUAUUUUCGUUGACGCUCAGUAGUUUAAGUAUAUGAAGAAAACUAUUUAAUAUCCAUCACAAAUCGUUAUCGAUAUGAAAUGUUCUGACCCCCAACUUCUCUUUGAACAGUUAGAAGAGUUGAAUACUCUUCUAUCGACAUUAGACGAAACGUUUUAUAGUGACGAAAGGCUACACAGUAUGACCAACCAACACCACACGUCCUUUCAGGAUCCUGCUAACAAUCACCAUUUCGGUCUCGAUGACACAGAAGCUACUAUCCUCAACCAUUUUGGUGACUUUGUCUUCGAUGAAGCUGUAUCAUCGAAUUUGAGCAACAUCCCGUCAUCAAGGUGCCAGUUAACGUUGUUAAGUGACAUAGAUUUUGCGGACGUAACGCCGGACAUGUCUUUUAAAACCAAAAAGGUACGAGACUGGAACUCCUCAGACGUGGUGGAGUGGAUUUACUGGUGGGCUAGUGACCUCAAGCUGGAAGCUAUAGACCUGAACAUUCCACAGUUUACUGACAUCUGCGGAAGAGAUUUGAUGAAAAUGGAAUGUCAUGAUUUUGUUCGGCUAGAGCCUGAAUUUGGGCGGAAAAUGUACCUAUCUUUACAAUGUUUGAUUCGACACCACCAGAAUGAUGAGUGUAAAAAUACCGUAGCAGGACAAGGACAGAUCCAGCUAUCCUCCUGGCCAGAACAAGGGCCAGAAAGUUGGAAAGAUUUUUUCAGUCAAGUAGUUCCUGGCCAAAAUCCUUGCUCGGGCACAACUACUGUAGUAACCAAAAAGGUUGGAACUGGUAGAAGAGGUAGACCACCCAAGAAGGACGGUAAAUCAAGAAAUAGGCAAGGUAAAGGUUAUGGUAAACUUUGGGAGUUUAUCCGAAACUUGUUACUCAGUCCUCUCUACAAUCCAAGCCAUAUCCGGUGGGAGCGACGGGAAGAAGGGAUUUUCAAGUUCGUCCAGUCUGAUAAAGUUGCUAAACUUUGGGGAGAGCGGAAAAGAAACUCAAACAUGACAUAUGAGAAAAUGAGCAGAGCAAUGAGGACCUACUACAACGUCGGCAUUUUGGCGCCGGUUCCAAAGAAUGAGGGUCUUCCUAAGAAACUUGUUUACAAGUUUGGUCCUCGAGCCACUGGAUGGCGCUAGAGUCCUUUGCGGUGGUUGUGCUUUUGUUUUCUCUCUUAACAAUAACCUGUCCGUCUAACGAAAAAACACUCAUGUAUACAACUAAGAACGUGACAUCCAGGUCACUAUUCGCAACUGAAGCAUCUUCACUGUUAAUGUGAUGCUCUUCCAAACUGUUCGAAAUGAGUUAUGGAAUGUUGAAUAAUUGUUUAAGUCUGACACAAUAAGUUUCGAUGGUACUUUAGAGUACAUUCAAAGACUUGAUAUUUUAUGUUUAGUGUAUUAAUUAAGAUCAUGCGAAUAUUUGAUAAUACAUUUGUGAGGCUAUUUUAAUAUAUCAUCUGUUCUACAUCUUUGUACGCUUCUCCAAAAAUAGUAACGACAAACUUUUCUCGAUGUGAUGAGAAAAACAGAAAACUUCUUUCAACACUCUUUAUCAUAAAUUACUUUACUGCACAAUGCUUUGGCAAUAGGUCUACUUCAGGUACUAAUUAAUGGUACCAGUCUCAGAUACCGUUAAACUUUGCCUAUGGCCGAAACGUUGAACACUAAAUGUGUUUAUGAUAAGAGUGUUGAAAGAAGAUUCCGGUUUUUUCCAUCUUCGUUUAAUAGAGAUAAACCUUUCGAAAACUUCUGCCUCCUCCAGUGCACCAAUAUGUUUCAGUUUAGUGAAAUAAAGUUCUCACUGAGUUACCGAUAAAUAUCCACUCUGAAGAUACAGCUAUUGAUUUCAUUGGUUUUACAGGGUCUGUUACUGAGGAGACAUCGUUUAGUUCUAUAGCAUAUUCAAGAAAAUAUAAUUUAUGUGAAUGUUAGAAGUUGGAACUGUGGUAGCGCAUUCAGUAUUAUGUUUGGUCCGUUUCUCUAGAAUGAUUUUAACAAACUUUUGUAAUAUCUGCCGCGUUAAAAUUUAUUAUAACUACGAUGACAGUUAACUUUACUGUCAAUAUAGUAAAUGUUUACAAAUUAGAUAUUCCUCCUCUCUGUAUUUCUUCUUUUUUUUUCAAUAUUGUACUGAUUUUGUGGUUGAAUGUUUUAAAUUGAUGAAAUCACACUGGGUGUUUUUCCAGAAUGGCACUUUCCUCUGUUUGUUUUUGGUUAUCUGGCAAAUGGGUCUUGAGAUGAUUACACUUACAAUACGUAGUAAAAAUGUUUGAGGAUCAUAGUGCUUGUGUUUGUUAAUGUUCUUUAGGAGACUCUAUAUAACCGUAGCAAUAAAAUCAAGGCUUUGUAAGUUUCUCAGGUCACAAGCAACCAUGGCAACAAAGCCAAAGUCCUAGUAAGUUUUCCGAGUCACAAUUAACCAUAAUAGCAAAGGUCACUAGUGACCGUGGUAAAAUAAGUCAAACCCUAGCAAGAUGUUGAAGUCACAAGUAACCGUCAAAACAAACUGAAACUCUAACAACUUGCUGAAGUCACAAAUAACCACAGUAACAAAGUCAAACCCUAGCAUGUCGCGGAGGUCACAUGCACAUAGAAAGUUGAGUAAUAGUUUUUGUACAAUACCAGUUAAUGUUUUGCUUUCAAAUAUUUAUUACAAAUAAUUUUUUUAUUAAAUACCAUUUUUUUCAGUUUUGAUUUAACUACGAUUUGCACCAAACAACUUUCAUUGAUGUCCUUACAGAGACCGAGUUUGUUGUUAAUUUGUGCUAAUUAUUUACGAAACAGAUAUAACUACAAAAGACAAAUUCUUCUUCCUGUGCAGAAGAGCCAUCUGGUGUAUAAGUUUGGACCGAACGCCGUCGGCUGGAGACAACUAUAAUCAUGUUAAUUCUCUAACAACAUACGAAAAUAGAAAACAAUUAAGGUGUUAUUAGUUUUAAGAAAGGUUUGUUAGAAUUAUUUUGGAACACUAAGAAAACACUCAGUCAGAGAUACCUAAACAAUACAUUCUAAUGUUCGUUGGUUGAUUAGAAAAUUUACUGUCUGCAUCAGUUGGAGUAAAAAGAAAAGCUCGUGACUUACUCUGGAAAGUUAAAAUAUUCAGAAGAUGUAAGUUAUUACGAAAAUUCUUUGUACAUUGAUAUCAUUAUUAAUAUUUAAAGAAUGUUUGUACUGCAGAGUCUUUAUUUAGGUAUGUGUUUACAGUAAAUCAUAAUGAAAUCUAUUAAACAGUUGUGAAUUGGAAAAGUUUAUUCAACAUUAUUUAGCUGUUUCUUAAACGAUUUUGUGCUAGUUUUAUAUGGAAAACUUUACAUAUGUAAAAACAGGCCUUCAUUUAAAAUGAUAUUCAAACUGCACGUGGCUAAAAGGCCAAGACAAGGGAAGCCUCUGUGUUGAGGCAUGAUCAUUCCUAAUUUAGAACUACUGACACUAGAAAGUGAGCAGCAACCACUACUUAUGCAGUUAUUCUAAACUGAAUUGCCAGAUUGAUUGUCUCCGUACAAGUUCUCCACAAUUUAAAGUGCAGAGCGCCAUUGAGCGACUCUGCUCUUGGAACUUUUGCUCCGCAGCCCGACACAUUAAGAUCCAUCCCAUAAUCAACCACCUGAAAUCGGUUUGAGAGUUUCACAAUAACAAAACAUCUAAUAGUUCUGUAAGAUUCAAAUCUUACUUUAUGGCGAUAUAUUUUUUACAACAAAUAAACAUAUUUUCAUUUUGAAA